ACGCAGAACCGGUCAAGAGGGGGUUUCCACUAGUUACCACAGUCACAAAGUCUAAAUUGGGUAUCCUAAAAAUUAGCUUUUUGGUCUUAAUUUAAGGAUAUGGUUAGCAGUGUAUUUAAGGGUUACGUUCAAAAUUGUAGAAAUAGGCGGGGUUUAUGACUUAGUGGCUGUGGUAACUAGUGACAACAAUCAUCCAUUCCGAAACUGAUGAGUCGAUUAGCCUAGAUUUUGUUUUACUACGUCUGAGUUCGUUGGUGAUCAAUACUUGACAAUGGCUGGGGAAAUGUCUAUGAUCGGAUCGGUCAUUCUGGCUCUAUUUCUGGCUGGCUAUCUGGGCCAGCAGUAUCUGCCUCUACCGAAACCCAAAGUUAUCGGUCUAGAUCUGGGAACCACUUUCUGCUCCGUGGGAGUAUUCCACCCGGGUACCGGAGAUGUGGAGGUGAUAGGGGAUGAGGAGGGGCGGAAGACCAUCCCUAGUGCGGUGUCGUUCACCCCUACCGAAGUCCUCGCCGGUCACGAGGGUCAGGAUCUGGCCGACAGCAAUCCUGAAAACACAAUCUAUGAUGCCAAGCGGUUUAUUGGGAAGAUAUUCGAACAAGAGCUCCUUCAGCAGGAAAGUGCUCGCUAUCCAUUCAAGGUGAUAAACAACAAUGGCAGUGCAGAGUUCUUGGUCACCACCAACCAGACGUUCACUGUUACUCCCGAGUUCAUUGGUUCUCGGCUGCUACUGAAGUUGAGGAAGAUGGCGGAGCGUCACCUGGGUGUCCCCAUUCAGAGGGCUGUUAUCUCUGUCCCUGCAGAGUUUGAUGAGAGACAGAGGAACUACACCAUCAGGGCUGCCAACCUGGCCGGACUGGACAUCCUGCGUGUGAUCAACGAGCCCACAGCUGCAGCGAUGGCGUACGGGUUACACAAGGUGGAUGUGUUCAACGUGCUGGUGGUAGACCUGGGAGGAGGAACGCUGGACGUCUCUCUGCUCAACAAACAGGGGGGCAUGUUCCUCACCAGAGCCAUGGCAGGUAACAACAAGCUGGGGGGACAGGACUUCAGCCAGAGGCUGCUCCAGUACACCAUGGAGAGGGUCCACCUACAGUACGGCAUUCCCCCCACCCUCAAAGAGGACAUCCACCGCCUCCGCCAGGCAGUGGAGGCUGCCAAGCUUAAUCUCACCCUGCAGCCCAGCGCCCACCUCAGGGUACCCCUGCACCUGGAGCCCCAAGGGGACCCCAAGCAACCACCACAGGGGCCCGCCAAGGACCCAAUCCCAGUCAUCUUCCAAGCAGUCAUCACCCGUGAGCUGUUUGAAGAGUUGAACGCCGACCUCUUCCAGAAGAUUCUGGCGCCUGUAGAGACAGUGCUGGCCGAGGGCCACCUGGGGAAGGAGGAAGUGGAUGAGAUAGUUCUGGUGGGAGGCUCCACCCGCAUCCCUAGGAUCAGGAAGCUGAUCAGUGAGUACUUUGGGAAGGAGCCCAACACCUCGGUGGACCCAGACUUGGCAGUGGUGACCGGGGUGGCCAUCCAGGCUGGCAUCAUGGGCGGCUCCUGGCCCCUACAGGUCAGCGCUAUAGAGAUCCCCAACAGACACCUCCGCAAGACCAACUUCAAUUGAUCUAGUCUAGAGGUAGCAAGGGACACAAGGAUGCCACCAGACAGAUACUUUCCAUAUUAAAGGAUGGUCUGCAUUUUUAACUGUUAAUUGUCCUUCUCCAUCUUCACCAGGUGUGCAAUAGUAUCAUGAGGUUAAAAUAUUAUCUUCUUCAGCUGUAAUAAUAGCCACUGGAAUAUAUUCACAGAGAAACUCAAAUUACACAAUCACUUUUGAACUGCCAUCCCAAUUUAUUAGACCAACUGUAGUAGGUUGAAAAUGGUGUUCAAUUCAUGGGAACAACCUUUAUUUCUAGAGAACUGUGACCAGCCAAGACACCUUCAGCUAUUUAUUUAUUUAUUUCUAGUGUUUGUACUGUGAGUGGAUGGGGUUUACUGUACAAGGUGUAUUUGUUUUUCAGUUGAUGACACAACGUGCUUGUGCCUUUUCAGAGAGCUGCUGUGGUCGUGUAGAACUGUACUAUUAGGCUUUGUGCUUUUAAGUCACCUGAUAUGAAGAACCACCAGUCCUUUAGGGAGUCAUUCUAUUGACUAAGGCAGUAUUCUAUUAGAGUUUCGGACCAAAUAUUUUUGCACAUAUUGUUACUAGCUUUACGUUCAAGCAGUAGCCUAUGCUCAGCUUUGUGAGAUGUCAGUUUUGUAUGGGUUAACUGAUUAAGUAAUUGUCAAAAUAAGGGACAUGCUAAGUAUUCCACUUUGAAAACUAUAUAACUUGUUAGCCAGCGUCAUCAUUCUGAAUCAUAGAGUACACUGGCUGACACUUAUAGUACUUCUAUAUACAGAAGUAUUUAUUGUAAGUGCCAUAAAAAGAAGCGACUCGGCUUAUGGUGCCUGUUAAUGUGUUACCGUGGGUGGACAGUAAUAGUUGAGGCUGUUAGAGCCCCUGGAAUUAGAGAACAAACAUGUUGGUUGAUAAUUUACAACGAUUAGUCAAUUCAUGUAUAGAAUGUACAUUCCAAAAUACCAGUCUAGUCAGGACUGAUAGUGGAAAGAUUGAAAUACUGUAUGCCUUUUAGAAGUUCGUUCAACAAGGUAAACAGUUUGAAUGCAUUCCUUGUUGAACGUGCCUUACAUACUGUACUGAUUGCAUUGUUCUCUAUAGCGAUAUGCUAUAGGAAUUUUUCUGGACCUUUCCAUUUGAGUAUGUAACUUAAGAUAUUUUUGUACCUCAAGUUUUGCUUAUUCUUCAAAUCACCCCUCUCAUAUGCCCCCCGUAGAUAUCUGCUUGUACUAAAUGCUGCUUUAAAAAAUACAUCCGGAAUUUCCCAAAAUACCAUUGAA